GCGUUUCCUCCACUUCAGCUCCAUACCCAUGCCUUUCUUCUCGUCGCUGGCCAGCGGGCUGUUCCGACAAAUACGGGAUAUCGCUUGGCCCUCCGACAGGAUGCCUCCAGGGGAGGCAUACGGCAGCCAGGGCCAACAUCAGCAGCAGCAGCAUCAAUUAUUCCAACAAGCGGUGCACCAAGCCCAGCAAUUCGAGCACCAACAUGGGCACCCGGACCAACACCAACAACACCACCCAUCGCUGCAGCAUGGCCCGCAACCGCAAACACUUCUACCGCAUCCACAGUUCGCGAAUCCAUAUCCCAGCGGCAAUCAGCAGUAUCAACAUCAACAUCAGCCGCAACCGCAACCGCAUGUGCAAUAUGUCCAUCCGCACUCGGCAUAUGCCCAGCAGUCCGCCCAAUUCUACACCAGCGCCGCUCCGCAACAGCAGUAUCCGAACUACAACAAUGGCGCUUUCCAGCAACCCGCCACCCCUAUCCAACCAGCAUCGGCACCUAUGUCUGCUCAGAUGCAGUUCGUCGAUCCGUCCUACCUCCAACAGGCACCCUUGCCGAGCCCCCAUAGCAAUGCUUUCCCGGCAUCACAUCCACAACAGAUUGCCGCGAUGAGUGUCCCGGUCCACCGUGCGAUCCAGCCGCAGGCGCACCGACCAAUGCCUCUGAAGGCGAGUCCGAAGCUGGAAGAAAGCCGACCUCCCUCUCGCGGCACCCCGAAACUACUUUCAAAAGAACCGAGGCGCCCGAGUUCGAGCGCUGGAGUCACGAAAUUGCCGGCCACGUCCCAUGCAGCAGCCCAUGUCGAGACGCUCCCGCUUCUGCUGCAUGUGGCUGAGGAUUGCUUCGAAAAGGCCAACGCUGCGACCCACCAAGUCGCCAGGUCCAUGACGCCGAGCGAGGUUGCUGAGCACCACAAGUUGGUAGCAACAGGCUUAGCGUGUCUGGAUGUGGCACUGAAGUCGAAUAAGUUAUGGCCGCGGCUCGAGGCUCGGUUAUGUCUGCGCUAUACGAGCAUAUUAAUUGAGGAGACUACCAACGUUAUGGAAGCCGAGACGACGUUGACGAGGGGUAUCUCGGUUUGCGAAAAGCACCGUUUCCUCGAUCUCAAGUACUGCUCCCAGUUCCUCCUUAUGAAGACGCUCUUUCAGCGGAAUCAAAAAGCGGCCUUCAAAUCAAUCGAGAGUCAUAUCGCGGACUGUACAACCUACAAACAUGUCCCAUGGAUAUACGCCUUCCGCUUCCUGAAGGCGGCAUUUCAUCUCCAGUCCGGGACGGCCGCCGACAACCACGCCAUAGAAAACCUGCGCAAAAUCGCCGGUAUCGCAAAUCAGCGUGGAGACAGGGCCAUCUUUGUCGUGGCUAUGCUGCUUGAAGGCCUUGCCCACCUCAGCACUAUGAAGGACGACUGGGCUACCCGCGUGCAGAUGUGCAUCGCUCAGGUUUCCAAGCUCCAGCUCGACGAAUCCACCCGUACUCCCCAGACCGAUGUAUUGCUACUGCUGCUGGACUUGGCGUGUAGCCUGCACCAGAAAACCCACCACAUAUCGGCUCAGAAGCUAAACACGCUCCAACGGAGGCUGGAAGAGCUGAAGCAGUCGCAAGACUGGUCGCCACAGUCAGGCGAGAUGAUGUUGCCCAUCAACUGGACGCAGAACGCACAACAGAUAAUCAGCGCCGACACGAGCGCAGUCCUGCGUCCCGGUGAAGACGGCGUCGACUAUCUGAUUCUGUCGGCAUUAGGGAAGCAAGAAGCAUGGGCUUUAGCAUAUGCUUUCAAUGGUAUUGUAGCUCACUACAAAGCCUCGACCCCGGGCCGUAGCUCAGGCAUGUGGGGAGAAGUUACCAGGUUAUUGGAGGACAGCAAGCCUUUGGCAUCAGCACAGAGCCUUCCUGAGGCCCUGAAGCAAGCAGAGUGGGCACGAGAGCUCUCCUGCUACGCGCACAUCCUCACCGGGCUUCAGGCCUCGACCUUGUCCGAUUGGGCAAAGGUCAAGACAUGUUUGCAGGCCGUCGAAGAAAACGAGCCUCGUUCAGAAUUUCUCAGUAUACUGGCAUUUUACCUUGAAGGGGUCUUUUACCAAGGCACCGCAGCGCUCGAGAAGGCAAUUGCAAUCUGGAAGGACAAGCGAUUCGACAUGGACUGGAGCGGCGCGCCGAAACCCGGCGCCAGCCGCAUCGAGACGGAAUUGUCCAUCCUCGCCGCGCUCAACCGGCUCUGGAUCAUGCAAGAGCCCAACCAAACAGACGACGCCGAAACGGCGGAACUUAUCGAGCUGCUCCGCCCGAUCUGCGAGGACAAUCCGGACCAAGAAAUACGCACCGUCUACAACCUUGUCUUAUCUGCCAUCCGGAUGAACCCGCCGCUUUCAAUCAACCAGAUCAAGCGGCACAUCCAGCAGUCGUUGAGCGGCGCCCAGCAGACGAGCAACACGCAGUACCUGUCGAUGGCACUCAACAUCAUGCGGGCUAGGUUGUUUGAGAAUGUGGUGGGCGAGCAAGCGCUCAAGAGCGCCAAGGCUGGCUCGGCGCAGGCGCGCAAGAGUGGUAAUGUGCUGUGGAUGAGCGUCGCGGACGGCAUGCUAGCGCAGUCGUUUGAGAUGCAGGGCGCGCUGGCGGAGGCGAAGGCCACGCACGAGGCCGGGGUGCGGCUGGCGAAUGAGGCUUUCGCGAAGACGCAGGUAUGAUUUAGGGCUGCUAAGGUAUGUAUUAGGAUGAGCCGUCCUGGCUUGUGUCGAAUGGGAGAGGGAUGAUCCAAGUACUCUGGGCUGGGAUUUGGCAUGCUAUGGCGCAUGGGCAUCAUGACCGGCGUGGAAUGGGACUAGAGGGAUGUCGGCGCUUAUAUCUGAAGUAUACCCUAUGGUAUUUGCCACUGUAACUUGCCAUUUGAAUCGAGAGGCGCAUGUCAUGUUUGAUAGCUAGGUCAGCAUGGAGGGACUGUCAUGGUUUGUUGAUGUUUGUUCAGGGGCCUUUCAUGAGCGUCGUUGAACCAAC